UGGAAAUACUUCCCGUUUACUUACAAACGUGUGAAUGAGCUAGAAUAUGUAUAUUUAAAAUGUGGCAUAUAUAUAAACGUACCUUGUUCAACAUUCCUGCCCACCUUUUGUAGCUUUUUUAUUUACAAGAUUAAUUUGAAAUGUCACCGCCACAGAAGACGUACACUUUAUGGCUCUUUAUGCUGAUUUUGUUCUGCUCAAGGAUUUUUCCAAUCGCAUAUUUUGUUGUGGUACUCAUAAACCAUAUUGCAUGGGAAUAUAAUGUACCCAGCCACGGUUUUCAUUUGGAAUAUUUUUCUGCUAAGCCGAUUGUAAAUAAUUCCUCCAUCUACAAGUUAAUGGCGGCAGCUGUUGAUGAGGACAACAAAAGUAUUUAUGAAUCUCAUCAGCUCAAUCAGAAUAUAUUUAAACUUGAUCUACCCCAGCCAGAAAUUUACUUUCAGACAGUUUUAAUAUACGCAGUUCCAAUUCCACAAAAUGCGUCCGAAACAGGUAUACAUCUCGGCAACACUAUGUUGAAUACUUCAUCUUACACUUCUUCUCACGGAGUUCAAGAACAGACUGCACAUGGUUUCUCAGUGAGCGGUGAUAAUUCUACAGACAUAACUACUAAUGGAACCAGUGAAGAGACAGGCCAGACAUCAGUGACAAACGAUAGUCAGUUAAACAACUCAGGACGCUUACCAACUAACCACAUCCAAGAAGACCCUUCACAGAACGUUGGACCUGGAAAUGAUCAAAUAAACACUUCAGUAGAUUCGAUUGACCAUGAACCCCUAGAAGCUGGCCGAACCCAAACUACUGAUGAUACCCAGGUCCAGACUUGUUCAGACACGGGUAGUCAUAGAUCCCAAGCUGAACCUGAUCAGACUUUAGCAGACCAACUACGACUUGGAACUUUAAGAAAUAUGUGGCCCUUUUACCUACCUCGUGUAACAGAAAUGGAAGAUUCGGAUGAACCGACUUCGAAUGAAACAGGGCAUUUAUGACUGUGUCCUACUCUAAAUCACAACAGAUAUAGGGAAAUAAAAGGUUUAAAUUCCAAUGGAGUGAGCAAAAGGUUAUAUCUUUAACUUUUUAAUUAAAUGAAAUAGUCUGCAAUCAUUCGAGACAUACAGUCUUUUCAUUCAUUUCUUUAUUUUCUUAGUUUAUUUCCGCUUUGAUUUAUAUUCUAGACUAAGCCAUAGUGUGUUACACAAUGCGCCAAUGUCCAGAGAAAAUGACCGCAAAGAAUCAACAUAUUCCAUACUAAUACUCAAAUAAGAGCGUUUUUUUAUAUGUAAGUUUAAUUUUUUUUUAAAUGUAAAAGUUGUAAAGUAAUUUACUUGUUAUUAUUAGACUGACAUCAGUUUAAUUUUGGUAAAAUGCAUCAAUAUUCAUUUAAAUAUUCCAUAAUGUGAUAUUUUAGGUACUAGAUCAGCUCCCAAAAGCAACAGGUAAAUACAUAUAACAGAGCAUAAUUUACUUCUUUUGAUAAUGAUGGAAUGGCAGCCUAUGUAUCCUUUUAAUACUAUACACUCGUUGUCUACAAAAUUCUACAAAAACCUAAUUUGGAAGGUAAACUUACAAAAGCUGAUCUAGAGAAAGUAGUGAGGUCUGGUCCAAAGAUAGAUAUACAGGAACGGCGCUUUAAUGAAAAAAGGAAUGAGAAAUGAAGUCAAUGACUCAAAAAGAGGAAUACCAGAGGUUCGAUUUCUAACAUGAUGAUACUUAGCAAAUCAGUUGAACAUUUUUGGAUUUUUGAGAGUACAUUCAUUUCAAUUGUUAAAUCAUCUUGAUAUUUGCACUUCAUAUUUGUCUCUUCAUGUAUAUUCCAUGCAUUAAACUUUAAAAAAAGUACACAUUCCAAUGAAGAUACUCAAAACAACAUUGUCGUAUCACGUACUCCUAGCAGUACUACAACACAGCAACCUGACAGUUAUCCAACAGAUCAAAAACAGUCAGCCAUUAAAGGGGCAUCGAAUCUUACUAAUAAAGAUGACAAAAGCAAAGAAUCGGCAAAAGACGACUAAUAAUAUCUGUGUAACAUCAUUUGUAGUUUUUUUUUCAAAAACAUUUUUUACAUUACACCUGCAUUGAACCAUUUAGUGAAAAACGAAUGUUUUGUGAUCCAUACUCAUUUUAAUAGGAUGUUGGGAAUUAGAGUAAUGUGAAUGUAUUGCAAGAGGUAUUAAAACAGCUAUUUACAUGUAUAUUUUUUUAAGACAAAAUGUUUUUUAUAAAUAAUUUCCUAUUCUGUGCAACAGGUGAUUGUACAUCUAUUAACUGUAAUUUACUGCAGAAUAAAUUUAGACAUAUAUUAUUUAUUCGUUGAUGUUAUGAGUUGAUAAUUGACACGUAUGUUGCCAAUAGUAAUUAUUCAAGUAGUUUAUCUGUCUUUUUUUAAAAAAUAAACUGCUUUGAAAAGCUAUAAAUUAUAUUGUUACAACUGUAUUUAAAUACCGUUGUACAUUUUCAAUAAUGUAUUACCUUUUGGUGGCUUCUGAUGUUAUUUAAAACGUUGGCUACAUUGUCUUUAGUUUUCAUCUCAUAUUCUUAUUGUGAGUUCUGGCCAUCUAAAUGAGUUGAUAUGUCUGUGUUUUUGUACAAAAUUACAUAUUGUAUUUGAUUUGAAACGAUUCUUUAGCACGAGCAUAAUUACGUUCAACAACAUGCUUUAAGAUUUUGUAAUGUACUGUCAAAUAUAAAUUCUGAAGCACUUAAAUAUAUUCGUAUAAUUAUAAUUAUUAGAUUGUUCUCUACAAACAUAA